CGACCCUGCCCCGGCCCCGGCCCGGCCCGGCCCCCUCCCCGGGCGCGGUGUCCCCGCGGAGCCGGAAAAUGUGGGGCGCCCUGCUCGGGCCGCUGCUGCGGCUCCUGCUGCUGUCGCCGCAGGAAGGGGUGCGCGCCGCGCAGCCGCAGGCCCCGGACUGUCUGAUCGCCGCACCCUCGGUCUUCUGCUCUGGAGUGGAGGAAGUCAUCAGCGUGACCGUCUUUAAUGCCCCAAGAGAAGUCACGGUCCAGGCUCAGCUGGUGGCCCGGGGUGAGGCAGUGGCAUGGAACCAGGGAGCCGUCCUGGAUAAAGGGACACUCAAACUCAAGGUGCCCACGGGCCUCCGGGGCCAGGCCCUCCUGAAGGUGUGGGGCCGUGGCCGGCGGGUGGAGGAGGGUCCCCUCUUCCACAACCAGACCUUGGUGACCGUGGACGGCCAGGGCGCCUCGGUGUUCAUCCAGACGGACAAGCCGGUGUAUCGGCCCCAGCACCAAGCGCUCAUCGGUGUCUUCGCAGUCACCCCGGGCCUGAGGCUUGUCAGCGAGAAGCUGGAAGCCUACAUCCUGGACUCCCAGGGCUCGCGGGUGAUGGAGUGGAGACACUUGCAGCCCUUCAGCUGUGGCAUCAUCAACGUGACCUUCCCCUUGUUGGACCAGCCGGUGCUGGGAGAGUGGUUCAUUUUUGUUGAAAUGCGAGGCCCCGUGUACAAUACAGCCUUUGAAGUUCAGAAGUAUGGUAAUGUCGCCACGUUUGAACUCCUCAUUCGCCUGCCCCGCUACAUCUGCGACCUGGACGCCUGCGAGACCGGCACAGUGCAGGCCAGAUAUACCUUUGGGAAACCCGUCUCGGGGACCUUAACGAUCAAUAUGACUGUAAAUGGUGUGGGGUACUACAGCCAAGAGGUGGGGCACCCUGUCCUCAGAACCAGGAAGAUCCACAGCUCCCAGGACUUCGACAUCUGCGUGAAGGACAUGAUCCUGGCCGAUGUCCCCAAGCACUUCCAGGGCACUGUCAGCAUCUGGGCCACAGUGACCAGCAUGGACGGGAGCCAGCAGGCGGGCUUCGACAACUCCACCCCCGUCCAGAGGCAGCUGGUGGGUGUCCGGUACUCUAAGGACACCAGGAAGCAGUUUAAGCUGGGUCUGUCCUAUGUGGGGAAGGUAGAGCUGUCCUACCUGGAUGGCAGCCCGGCUGACGGGGUGACGGUCCAGAUCAGAGCAGAGCUGACGCCGAAGGAUAGCAUCUACACCACGGAAUCUGUGUCCCGGGGAGGGCUGGUGGGGUUUGAAAUCCCUUCCAUCCCCACGUCAGCCCAGCACAUGUGGCUGGAGACCAAGGUGACGCCAAUCAACAGGAAGCGUGGAGCCCGGUACCUGCCCAGCUACCUCUGUCUCAGCAGCUGGUGCUCCCCAAGCCAGUGUCACCUGAAGCUGCAGCUGCAGCCGCCGUCCCGGCCCCUGCAGGUCGGGGGGGAAGCCCAUUUUCCUGUGAAGUCCACGUGUCCCUGCAAUUUCAAUCUGUACUACGAGGUGGCUGCAAGGGGCAACAUUGUGUUCUCGGGCCAGCAGCCUGCCCACAUCACCCAGCAGAGAAGCAAGCCGGCGAGCCUGGAGAAACCCAUUUGCUUAAUACACCUUUCCGAGACAGAGCCCCCUCCAGCUCCGGCAGCUGAGGUCAGUGUGUGCAUGACCUCUCUCCGGCUGGCAGUGACCCCCAGCAUGGUCCCCCUUGGCCACCUGCUGGUCUUCUAUGUCAGGGAGAACGGAGAAGGGGUCGCCGACAGCCUCCAGUUCGCUGUUGAGACCAUCUUUGAAAACCAGGUUUCAUUGACAUAUUCAGCGAAUGAGACCCGACCCGGGGAGCUUGUUGACCUGCGGGUGAGGGCUGCGAGGGGCAGCAGCGUGUGUGUGACCGUGGCUGAUAAGAGCGUCUACCUGCUCGGCUCUGGGUUUCGGCUGACUCCUGCCCAGAUUUUCCGGGAAUUGGAAGAUUACGAUGUUUCUGACACCUUUGGGGUGUCCAGAGAGGAUGGACCCUUCUGGUGGGCCAGGCUGACGGCCCGACGACGCCAGCGCUCCUCCAUCUUCCCGUGGCCCUGGGGCGUCACCAAGGACUCCGGGUUCCCCUUCACUGAGACGGGACUGGUGGUGGUGACAGACCUGGUGAGCCUGAACCACCGACGGGACAGCGGCCUGUACACUGAUGAUGCUGUCCCUGCCUUCCAGCCCCACACAGGGAGCCUGAUGGCAGCAGCGUCCUCCAGACGGCCUCCCAGAUCUGAGAGGAGGCACAGGACCAAGGGGAGCCAGGAAUGGGUAUUCCACUGUUUGAGUGUACUAUCUGACCCGUCUGGUGAGGAGACACUCAGCAUGCAGGUCCCCAACUCCAUCACCAGCUGGGUGGGUGAGGCUGUGGGUCUGUCUGCUGCGUGGGGCCUGGGUGUCGCCGAGCCUGCGCUGCUGAAGACCUUCAAGCCCUUCUUCGUAGACUUCACACUGCCCUCCCACGUGGUCCGCGGGGAGCGGGCCCAGAUCCCGCUCAGCGUCUACAGCUACAUGGGCACCUGCGCAGAGGUGUACGUGAAGAUCUCGGUUCCUAACGGCAUCCAAUUUAUUGGACAUCCUGGCAGACGCCAUCUGACCAAGAAGACAUGCAUGGUCCCUGGGGAGGCCGAGUCUACCUGGGUGGUUCUGUCCUUCAGCGACCUGGGGAUCAGCAACAUCACAGGUGAGGCCCUGGCUUAUGGAGGAACGAGCUGCUGCCGGGAUGGGAGGCCUGUCAGACACCAGGAGGAGAAUCACGCCGACAGGAGUGUCCCCGUCAGGAGGAAUCACAUCAGCCGCAGCGUGAUGGCUGAGGCGUCCGGGAGCCCCCAUGCGUACACCUACAGCGCUUUCUUCUGUCCCAAUGAGAGAGUCCACAUCUCCACACCCAACAAAUACGAGUUCCAGUACGUGCAGCAGCCCCUGCGCCUCACCUGUUUUGACGUGGCCGUGCGAACCCACAAUGACGCCCAUGUGGCCUUGUCCCCUGGGCCUCAGGACACCGCGGGCAUGAUCGAGAUUGUCCUGGGGGGGCACCAGAACACCAGAUCCUGGAUCUCCACCAGCAAGAUGGGUGAGCCCGUGGCCAGCACACACACGGCUAAGAUCCUCUCCUGAGAUGAAUUUAGAGCAUUCUGGGUCAGCUGGCAUGGUGGGCUCAGCCAGUUUGGCCACGGUCCAGAGCCAUCCAAUGAGUCUGUCAUCAUGGCCUGGACCCUCCCCAGGUCACCAGAGGUCCAGUUCCUCGGUUUCUUCACUGGCUGGGGCUCCAUGGGUGAGUUCCGCAUCUGGAGGAAGGUGGAGGCAGAUGAGAGCUACAACGAGGCCUUCACCCUAGGGGUCCCACACAGCACCAUCCCUGGCUCUGAGCAGAUGGCUGCCUCCAUCAUAGGAGACGUCAUGGGACCAACCCUGAACCACCUCAACAGCCUCCUGCGGCUGCCCUUUGGCUGCGGAGAGCAAAACGUGAUCCACUUUGCACCCAACGUCUUUGUCCUGAAGUAUCUUCAGAAAACCCAGCAGCUCAGCCCCGAGGUGGAGAAGGAGACCACUGAUUACCUGGUACUAGGCUACCAGCGACAGCUGACCUACAGGCACCAGGAUGGCUCCUACAGCGCUUUCGGGGAGCGGGAUGCAUCAGGGAGCAUGUCCUGGGUGCUCUGGGCCUCUUCAAAGCCCACUGGACCCAGGAAUGGGGGUGACUCCGAGAAGGAAGGGAUGGGCUGGGAGAGGCCAGACCACCGUCUCGAGGCUGCGGCACAGCUCGAGUGGGACCAGUUCUACCACGGUCAUGGAAAUGUGACACACAGCAGCCCCCUUCCCCCUCACCCUGUGAAACGGGCCUGUUGGUCUCUGAACAUGGACAUCUCCCUGAGGACCCUGGAGGACAAGGCUGCAGGAAGCAGCAUCCACCUGGGCUCUGUCUCGCGGCACCCUGGGGACCUGCGGGUGGGUGGUGGCUGGAGUGGGGGCAGAGCAGCCUCCCAGGGCUCCCCUUCCCGCCCCACCCCGCAGGAGGAGAGGGGCGCCAUCGCCAGGGCGAGGCACUUUCUGGAGUCUGGCGCGGCCCUGGUGGUGGACCCCUACAGCAGUGCCCUGACCGCCUACGUGCUGACCCUGCUCCACAGCCCCACAGCCCCUGCAGCCCUGCGGAGGCUCCGUAGCCUGGCCAUCACCCGGGAUGGAGUCACCCACUGGAGCCUGAUGGGUUCCCGGGAUGUGGACGAGGACGUGUUCCUGAGCUUCAGUGACGGGGUCUCUCAGUCAGUGGUCUCGGCUAAGGUGGAAAUGACAGCCUACGCCUUGCUGACCUACACCUUGUUGGGAGACAUGGCCACUGCCCUGCUGGUGGUGAAGUGGCUAUCCCAGCAGCGGAAUGCGCUUGGGGGCUUCCCCUCCACUCAGGACACCUGUGUGGCUCUGCAGGCCUUGGCAGAGUAUGCCAUCUUGUCCUAUGCUGGUGGCAUCAACCUCACUGUCUCCCUGGCCUCCACCAACCUGGACUACCAGGAGACCCUCGAGCUGCACAGGGCCAACCAGAAGGUCCUGCAGACAGCGGCGAUCCCCAGCCUCCCCACGGGGCUGUUCGUGAGUGUCAGGGGUGAAGGCUGCUGCCUGAUGCAGAUUGACGUCACCUACAACGUGCGGGACCCAGUGGCCAAGCCGGCCUUCCAGCUCCUCGUGAGCCUCCAGGAGCCAGAGGCCGAGCUGCACCAGCCCCCCAGGCCUGCCUCCUCCGCAGACGAUGACGACCCGGAGGCUGACCAGCAUCAUCAGGAGUACCAGGUGACCCUGGAGGUGUGCACCAGGUGGCUGCACGCAGGGUCCUCCAACAUGGCUGUCCUGGAGGUGCCCCUGCUCUCGGGCUUCCGGGCAGAUGGCGAGAGCCUGGAGCAGCUGCUCCUUGACAAACACAUGGCACUGAAGAGGUACAAGGUGGCCAGACGCAAAGUGCUCCUCUACUUUGAUGAGAUCCCCGGUCGGUGCCUGAUAUGCGUGUGGUUCCGGGCGCUCCGCGAGCACGUCGUGGGCAGGACGUCCGCGCUGCCGGUCUCCGUGUACGACUACUACGAGCCUGCCUUCGAGGCCACGCGCUUCUACAGCGUCAGCGCGCUCAGCCCGCUCGCCCGAGAGCUGUGCGCGGGGCCCGCGUGGAACGAGGUGGCGCGCGCCCCGGCCCAGGGCCCCGCUGAGCGCGGCUGGUCCCCCGGCGAGCGGGGUCCCGCAGCCCUCCCGGAGGAGGCCAGUAUCCCGCACUGCGGCUGCGCCCGUGACUGUGACACCCGCGGGGACCCGGUGUGCGGCUCCGACGGCGUCGUCUACGCCAGCACCUGCCACCUGCAGGAGGCCGCCUGCCGCCGAUGCGCACGGUUAGAGCCCGCGGCCCCCCAGCCGCUGCGCACCUGGUCUGUGUGUCUCCUCCACCGGCAGCCUCUCCCCGCCCCUCCAGCCUUCCGCUCUGCUGAGGCUUCUCGCACCUCCUCCCCAGCACUCUUCCAACCAGUCCGCUUCCUUCCGGAGCAGACAACGACAGCCUCUGUGUUGUACACCUACGACUAUGACCCGGCACCCCUGGACGCCGAGCACCUUGUGGCUGGCCAUAACUUGGAGGGGGAGGUGGAGGACAGACCCCUGAGCUCCUGGCGCCCCACCCGGAGGACCGUCCUCCUCCCAGCAGCCUGGGAGGGCGCCCCAGCUCCAGGACCCAGCAGAGGUGGUAUUGAUUUCAGCCAGCGCUGCUCAUCUCUGACCUCCGCUGAGGACAGCACAGAGACCCUGAGGGGGCUGCCCGGCCUGCGGGUCCUCAGCGUGCAGCUCUAG